GAACUGGGACCCGUGAGCAGUGGGAUGACCCUGCUUUGGAGGGUUGCAUUGGAUUAUGCAUCACCCCCUGCUCCUGCUUCUCUGGCCAUCUGCUUCCAUCUGUCUUGCUCUGACUGACCAUCAAAGCUGAGGCUGGGACCAGCCAGGAGCACACCGUCUGCCUGUCCCACCAGACGCACUCUGCUGCCAGCAGGAGGAACCCACGAACGGGCAGCUAGGGGAAGCUGGGGCAAGGAGUGGGGAGGUUACUGAGGAGAGCAGCAAGUCUUCUGCCUGGCUACAGAAGAGGACAAAAUGAAUCCAGGAACGGGGCUAGAGCACUGAGCUGCCUUCAAGACAGUAUCUUAGGGCGUUCCACACAGCUGCACCCCAGAGAGCUGGGAGCAUCCCUGGGCAUGGAGCUAAGAAGCCUUCUGGCUGCCCAGUCUUGCUCUGCCCAGGAACGGAUUCUACCCCUGACCACUGACCCAGUGAGCAAGGAACUCUUCAAAGGGCCAGAGAGAUGCAGGAUGUGCAUGCUAGGCCCUCCAAGAGACAUGACUGCCCAAACUCCAGCUCAGCAAGACAGAUCCCUGCUACAGAGACGUUUUCUCUGAUAUGGGAGGGUCAGAGCAGCAUAAGACUCUUGAGGAGAUCAUCGCAGCUGCCCUGCAGUUUCUGGAGGAGAAGAAGGGCUUGAAGUCCCUUGAAGCAGCCCUGCAGGAAGUUGUCAGCCAAAUCAAGGAGCUGCUGAGCAAGCUGGCAGAAGCUCCAGCCUGCAUCCCACCCUGUGGGUACCAAGCAGCCGCCCGCGUCUUCAAGUGCGCUACCUGCCGCUUCGAGGACUGCCCCUUCCCCCUGGACUGCCCAGUGCAGGACAGGUGGGUGCAGGAGGAUGAAGCCAUCACGCUGCUCUGCGAUGUGCCCUUUGCCAUCCCUGCAGACCCGGCCGUUACGUGGAUGUUUGCCAGGGAUCUGCGCACACAGGACCUGGCACUGUUUGAGGAGCUACAGGGGAGUGUGAUGGGACCUCUCAGCCUGACCAUUGAGGAACCUGCCCCAGGAACCGUUGCCUGCUGCCUGGGGGGGUUCUCUGAACCCUUGGUCCGCAAGUACUUCUACAUCAAUGUGUCAGAGAGAGGUGUGGAGGAAGAGAAGAAACUGCAGGCUCGGUUCAGAUCUGUGCUGCACUGGCCCCACCACAGGACCCCCAGGCACCACAUGGCAUUGCUGAGGCUGGGGCUGGCAUUUGGCUCCGUCGUGCUCCUGCUGCUGCUGUUGCUGGCGGCGAUCUGGCAAUGCUGGAGCCUCCGAAGUCACAGGGACACCCACAGACCUGGACAACAUGAUCCUUCAGAGUGUUCCAAGUGCCUGGAUGAACCCUAGAGGAGCUUGACAUGUGGGCCCUUCCCUGAGGACUGGAAUUUCCACUGGGAGUGGCACAUGCAAGUGGGAAGGAGCUUGAAGACAGACAGAGAGUUCUGCACAUCUGGAUUAUGCUGGAGGCAGGGAUCAGGGGGAGCUUGGGCUUGCAAACAGCUAUCAGUGGGCUUGAAGAGAGCAAACUGGGCACUGUGCAGAGCAUAAGAAGUCCAAGAGGUAUUUCUGAGAUGCCUGAGCCUGCAUUUCAACAGCUGGCACUAAGGGGAAGGUCAGGCUGAUACUCAUAGGAGAGCUUCUCUUGGUAACUGCUGUAGCAAAGCCACUUUUGCAUGGCAUGGCCACUCAGAUGCCAAGCUGCUGUCUGCUCUGAUUAUUUGUCUAAAGUAUUUUAUCAGGUAUUUACUUUUUUACACCACUCUUAUCAGCUGCAAUGCCUGGGCUGAAGUCCCAGCCCGUGCUUCCCCAUCCCAUUGAGGCCGAGCCUGAUGCCAGGGACCUUCCCUGUUACCUCAGCAGAGCCACCAUGUGCCCAUCCUGAAGGCUGCAGCUCAUGCUUCUCACCCAAGGAGCAGCAAUAAUUUCUCCUUAGGAGCACACUGGGAUGGAAAUCUCCCUCCUUUCACUCGCAGCUUUCCCUCAGGUGCAUGGCUUCUGAAGCAAAGGGAAGGGGAUGAAGCUUUUCCCAUCCAGAAUGCUGGUGACAGGAGCAUGUGCAAGUGGCAAAGAAGGGUGACAGAAAGAUGCAGCCACUGGCCAUGGGCUCCCCCUUCCUCUCAGACCUCUCAAGCUCUUUCUUUGUCUCUCCUCCAGGCCAUGGUGGGUGCUGGAGGGGCUCAGCACAACAUAGAACUGUUUUGGGUGGAGAAGACCUUUAAGAUGCACAGCAGCAGCUCAGAGAGCCUUGCUGGAGCUCCAGCACAGAAUCCAUCAGCUGCUUAGCACAGGUUCUCUGUUUCUGCCCUUGAACCUCCUCUGUUCCUUUCAGUGUCUGCUUAGUGCUGAUUUCUGCCCUCGGGGCACACUCACAUCCCUCUUUUCCACCCCAAGUGCCCUCCAUCAACACUGAGAUCACAUCUGCCCUCUCUCUGGAUUCCACUACCAGAUCCCUUCCAGUUCCUCUGUGCUCCCUCAGUUCCCCUCCAUGCACUCUCAGGCCCCUCCAUUCCCUUUUUUAAGUGCUCAGUUCUCUGUCCCUGUGCUCCCUUCACCUAGUUCUGCUCCUUUCCUGGGCAGACACCUGCUUUCCUCAGCUGUCACCCAGCCUGCAUCCCAGUGUCCCAAAGCCAGUGCCCCUGAGACCACAGCUGGAUGACAGAAGCCCUUUAGCCAUUGCCUUUCAGCAUAUCCAUUCAGCUGCAUCCUUGCAGAUCAGGGCUGUGGCCCACCGGGAAGUAAAGACUUGUCCGGGUGGAGAUCAUCUCCACCACAACCCUCUGGCUGAUGCCGUGCAGCACAGCAGACACCAGCUGCUCCAAAGGCUGUCCCACAACAGGCAGUCUCUCUGGAAGUCUCAGGGCUGCUCUGACUUCCCCAGCAAGAGCCGGGCUGGGCUUGCCAAAAACACAUGAAACAAGAACCAGUUGACCUGGCAGCACCCAGCUCUGGGCUCAGAUGGUGGGAGGCAGGGACUUGCCCGGUGUUUGCUCUCACACUGAUUGGCGACUGGCAUGCAAGUGUUUGUUUACUGAGCUGCGCUCUCCAGAGCUCCCAACUAUGCUGUUCCUAGGGGGAAUUCCAUCCAAGGAGCUAAGCACUCACAGGAGACCGUUCCAAGGGCU